UCCCAAUUCCCCUUCUCGGCACCCCCUGAGACGGAGGACAGGGAGGCGAGGCUCGCCCUUCCCGGCCCCCCCGACCACGCCUUGUCCAGUGGCAUCCGGCUGCCCCUUCGGCGGACUACUUUUCCUGCCGCGGAGGUACUACUUCUGCGGAAGCAUCGGGGCUGGCGGCGCGCACGACAUGGCGGCGGCGCGCCUGAGCUAGAGGGACGCUGGCCCGGUCAGGCCUCGGCGCGGCCUAUACGCUUCGCUCGCUCGCUCGCUCCCGCCCUUCGCCCCACGGCUGGCCAUGGCCGAGUCGUCGCCAGCCCGACGCCCGGUGCCCCUCAUCGAGUCGGAGCUGUACUUCUUGAUCGCCCGCUACCUGUCGGCCGGCCCGUGUCGGAGAGCCGCCCAGGUGCUGGUGCAGGAGCUGGAGCAGUAUCAGUUGCUGCCGAAGAGGCUGGAUUGGGAGGGCAACGAGCACAGCAGGAGCUACGAGGAAUUGGUCUUGUCCAAUAAACAUGUGGCUCCUGAUCAUCUGUUGCAAAUCUGCCAGCGCAUCGGUCCCAUGUUGGAUAAAGAAAUUCCACCCAGUAUUUCAAGAGUCACUUCUUUACUUGGUGCAGGAAGGCAGUCUUUGCUACGUACAGCAAAAGACUGCAGGCACACAGUUUGGAAGGGCUCUGCCUUUGCUGCUCUUCAUAGAGGAAGACCUCCCGAAAUGCCGGUGAAUUACGGUUCCCCACCAAGCCUUGUGGAGAUACAUCGAGGCAAACAACUCACAGGGUGUUCCACUUUUAGCACAGCAUUUCCAGGAACUAUGUACCAGCAUAUAAAAAUGCACAGGAGGAUUCUUGGACAUCUAUCUGCUGUUUACUGUGUAGCAUUUGAUAGGACAGGACAUAGAAUCUUUACAGGUUCAGAUGAUUGUUUGGUGAAGAUUUGGUCAACACACAAUGGUCGCCUAUUAUCCACAUUAAGAGGCCAUUCUGCAGAAAUUUCAGAUAUGGCAGUAAACUAUGAGAAUACGAUGAUUGCUGCAGGGAGCUGUGAUAAAAUCAUCAGAGUGUGGUGCUUGAGGACCUGUGCCCCAGUGGCUGUGCUCCAGGGACACACAGGGUCAAUUACAUCUUUACAGUUUAGCCCAAUGGCCAAAGGCUCUCAAAGGUACAUGGUCUCUACUGGUGCUGAUGGGACAGUUUGUUUUUGGCAGUGGGAUUUAGAAUCUCUGAAAUUCAGUCCACGUCCCUUGAAGUUUACUGAAAAGCCUAGACCAGGUGUUCAGAUGCUUUGUUCUUCUUUUAGUGUUGGUGGUAUGUUUCUGGCCACUGGCAGUACUGAUCAUGUAAUCAGAAUGUAUUUUUUGGGUUUUGAAGCACCUGAAAAAAUUGCAGAACUUGAAAGCCACACUGAUAAAGUUGACAGUAUCCAAUUUUGUAACAAUGGGGACCGGUUUUUAAGUGGUAGCAGAGAUGGAACAGCACGGAUUUGGAGAUUUGAGCAGUUAGAAUGGAGAAGCAUUUUAUUGGAUAUGGCUACCAGAAUCUCAGGGGACUUAACUUCUGAAGAAGAAAGAUUCAUGAAACCCAAAGUAACAAUGAUAGCUUGGAAUCAGAAUGAUAGCAUUGUUGUCACAGCUGUGAAUGAUCAUGUCCUCAAAGUAUGGAAUUCUUAUACUGGACAAUUGCUUCAUAACUUACUGGGACAUGCUGAUGAAGUAUUUGUUUUGGAGACACAUCCCUUUGAUUCCAGAAUUAUGUUAUCUGCAGGACAUGAUGGCAGCAUAUUUAUAUGGGAUGUUACAAAAGGUACCAAGGUGAAACAUUAUUUUAAUAUGAUUGAAGGACAAGGGCAUGGAGCUGUAUUUGACUGUAAGUUUUCACAGGAUGGACAGCAUUUCGCCUGUACAGACUCUCAUGGGCACCUUCUGAUAUUUGGGUUUGGAUGCAGCAAGCCAUAUGAAAAGAUUCCUGAUCAGAUGUUCUUCCAUACUGACUAUCGACCUCUGAUUAGAGAUUCUAAUAAUUAUGUCUUAGAUGAACAAACUCAGCAGGCUCCUCACCUUAUGCCUCCACCAUUCUUAGUAGAUGUAGAUGGAAAUCCUCAUCCAACUAAGUACCAGAGAUUAGUACCAGGCCGAGAAAAUUCUGCAGAUGAACAUUUGGUUCCACAGCUAGGCUAUGUGGCAACAAGUGAUGGAGAGGUAAUUGAACAAAUUAUAAGCCUACAAACUAAUGAUAGUGGCGAAGGAAGCCCAGAAUCCAGUGUUCUUGAUGGGAUGAUAAGACAGUUGCAACAGCAGCAAGAUCAGAGAAUGGGAGCUGGUCAGGACACUAGUCCAAAUGGACUUCCAAAUGGGGAAGAAACACCACGAAGAGGUUUUAGAAGACUAAGCUUAGAUAUCCAGUCCCCUCCAAAUAUUGGUCUGCGUCGGAGCGGACAAGUUGAAGGUGUUCGUCAGAUGCACCAGAACGCUCCCCGUAGUCAGAUUGCUACAGAGCGAGACCUGCAGGCCUGGAAACGGAGAGUGGUUGUACCAGAGGUACCACUAGGCAUAUUUAGGAAAUUGGAAGACUUCAGAAUAGAGAAAGGUGAAGAAGAAAGAAAUCUUUAUGUAAUUGGGAGAAAAAAGAAGACUCUUCAGCUGUCACAAAAGUCCGAGUCGGUGGUUUUGAUGUCACAGUCUAGGCAGAGGACAUGCAGGCGUAAAUAUCCAAAUUACGGUAGAAGAAAUGUUGGACGGAUUGAGUUAUCUUCUGGAAAUGAGUCUUCAAGCUCUAUAAGACAUGAGACCUCCUGUGAUCAGAGUGAAGGUUCUUGUUCUUCGGAAGAAGAAGAAUGGAAAAGUGAUAGAAGAAGUGAAAGUGAUAGUGAAAGUUCAAGUGACUCUUCAUCUCAAUAUUCUGAUUGGACAGCUGAUGCAGGCAUCAAUUUGCAGCCCCCUUUAAGAACUUCGUCUCGUCGGCGUGUCACCCGAUUUUGCAGUAGUUCAGAGGAUGAGGUGUCUACUGAGAACUUAUCUCCUCCUAAAAGGAGACAAAAGAGAAAGAAAGAAAAUAAGCCCCCAAAAGAGAAUUUGCGGAGAAUGACUCCGUCAGAGCUUGCAAAUAUGGAACAUUUGUAUGAAUUUCAUCCUCCAGUUUGGAUAACCGACACCACACUUCGAAGGUCUCCUUUUGUUCCACAAAUGGGUGAUGAGGUAAUAUAUUUUCGACAGGGUCAUGAAGCUUAUAUUGAGGCUGUCAGAAGAAAUAACAUUUAUGAACUGAACUGUAACAAAGAGCCAUGGAGAAAAAUGGAUCUUAGGGAUCAAGAAUUGGUCAAAAUUGUUGGAAUACGCUAUGAGGUUGGGCCCCCUACACUCUGUUGCCUCAAACUGGCAUUUAUAGAUCCUGCAUCUGGGAAACUUAUGGACAAAUCUUUCUCUAUUAGAUACCAUGAUAUGCCAGAUGUUAUUGACUUUCUUGUGUUGCGCCAGUUUUAUGAUGAAGCAAGACAGAGGAAUUGGCAAUCUAGUGACAGAUUCCGUUCUAUCAUUGACGAUGCCUGGUGGUUUGGAACAGUGCUAAGUCAAGAGCCCUAUCAGCCACAGUACCCUGACAGUCAUUUCCAGUGUUACAUUGUUAGGUGGGACAACACUGAAAUUGAAAAGCUUAGCCCAUGGGAUAUGGAACCGAUUCCUGAUAAUGUUGAUCCACCUGAAGAAUUAGGAGCUAGUAUUUCUGUCACUUCAGAUGAGCUAGAGAAAUUGCUCUACAAACCACAAGAUGGUGAAUGGGGUCAUAAAUCGAGAGAUGAAGAAUGUGAACGAAUUAUUAGUGGUAUAGAUCAACUUUUGAAUCUUGAUAUAGCGGCAGCUUUUGCAGGUCCAGUGGAUCUGUGUACGUACCCGAAGUACUGUACUGUAGUGGCUUACCCAACUGACCUUUACACAAUUCGAAUGAGACUUGUUAAUCGAUUUUACAGGAGGCUGUCUGCAUUGAUUUGGGAAGUCAGAUAUAUAGAACAUAAUGCCAGGACAUUUAACGAACCCGAGAGUGUAAUUGCACGAUCAGCUAAGAAGAUAACUGACCAACUUUUAAAAUUUAUCAAGAAUCAAGACUGUACAGAUAUCUCAGAACUUUCUAUCACUUCUGAAAAUGAUGAGCAAAAUGCCAAAUCUUUGGAUGAUAGUGAUCUCCCUAAAACAUCUUCUGGAAGGAGAGUCCAUGCUUGGAAAAAAAGGAGUGGCAAAGCAAGCAACUAUGUUGAAAGCAACUGGAAGAAACAGUGUAAGGAACUAGUGAACUUAAUUUUUCAAUGUGAAGAUUCUGAACCAUUUAGACAACCUGUUGAUUUGGUUGAAUAUCCAGACUACAGAGAUAUUAUAGAUACUCCAAUGGAUUUUGGAACAGUAAGGGAAACUUUAGAAGCGGAAAAUUAUGACAGCCCUUUGGAAUUUUGCAAAGACAUCCGGUUGAUAUUUAGCAACGCAAAAGCAUACACGCCAAAUAAAAGAUCAAAGAUUUAUAGUAUGACUUUGAGACUCUCUGCCUUAUUUGAAGAAAAAAUGAAGAAAAUAUCCUCUGAUUUUAAAAUUGGUCAAAAAUUCAAUGAAAAACUUCGAAGAAGCCAGAGGUUCAGGAGACAGCAAAAUUGUAACCGUGUCAAUCAGGCUAACAGAAGUAUCAGAAAUAUGAAGCAGAAGCGUUUAAAAUCUCAGACGAGAGUAGUUACUGAGUCGGUGGGUUCUCCUACCCAGUCUACUUCCAGUCAGGCAGCUUACUCUGCGAGCCACAAGACAAGCGCCAGUGUCUCUUCAGGCGUCACUUCUGGCGACUCUUCCGAUUCAACAGGAUCAUCAGAAAGAAUAAGAAGAAAUAGAACUGUCACUCUAACAAAUGGUUCUGCCUUAUCUGAAAGUGAAAUGGAAGAUUCCUUAGGUACCUCUUCAUCAUCUUCAGCUUCAAGUAGUUCUGAGGAAAGCAAGGAGAGUUCAAGAGCUCGCGAACCCUCCUUACGUGGAAGGCUGGCCAGGAGCAGCAGCCUCAGAGUGACCAGAACCAGAGCUGCCCAGAGAAAAACUGGUCCAGUUUCUUUAGAAAAUGGAUGUGGCAGAAAAGCCACUAGAAAGAGGGUCUAUUUAAGUGACUCUGAUAACAAUUCAGCGGAGACUGGUGGAAGUCUAAAAGCUCGAGCUGGAAAUAACCGGAAGGUGCUACGAAAGUGUGCUGCUGUGGCUGCCAAUAAGAUAAAGCUGAUGAGUGACGCAGAGGAAAAUUCUAGCUCUGAAAGUGUCUGUUCUGGCCGUAAGCUGCCUCACCGCAAUGCUUCUGCUGUAGCUAGAAAAAAGUUAUUAUAUAAUUCUGAAGAUGAUCAGAGCUUAAAAUCAGAAACUGAAGAAGAGGAGCUAAAAGAAAAAAAUCAACCAUCACCAGGGUCCAGCUCUCAUGCUGCCCAGAAUAAUGUGAGUGAAUCUGAAAACAGAGAUUCGGAGUCAGAAAGUGACUUGCAGGUAGUCCGGAAAAGUUGGCACGCUAAUGGUUACAAGUCACACACUCCAACAACUUCUAAAACAAAAUUUCUUAAAAUAGAGUCCUCUGAGGAAGACUCUAAAAGUCAUGGUUCAGAUAACGGACGCAACAGAACUACUGGCCCGUCAACUUCUGGGCAGAAACUUAAGGCAAGAAGCAUCUCAGGGGAGGAGGAGGAAGCAGAUUCUGAACCAAGAAAAUAUGAUGGUAGGAAAUACAACACGGGUUGCAAGAAUGCUGCUUUCCUUAAAAAAGCAAAGAUCUUCAGUGAUUCAGAGGACUCUGAAUCUGAAGAAGAUAGAAAAGAUGGUAGAUGUCACAAAAUGGCAACAACAAACCUGAUGUCAGGAAAUCUGAAGUGCGAACCUAUUGCUGGGUCCCACUGUUUCUCAGAUCAUGUAUCUGAAACUGAUUUGGAUUCAGAUGAUGACAAAACAAAAAACAAACCAAACAAUUUUAUGAAAGAUUCUGCAUCACAAGACCAUGGACAAAGAAGAAAAGUGUCCAGGAAAAGGGUCUGUUCCAGUGACUCAGAGAGCAAUUCAAAGGUGGUUAAGAAAUCCUCCAAAGCCAAAACGGGUCUCCUAAGGAUUCCUCGAAGAUGUGCAACCACCGCUGCCAGUAAGAUUAAACUUAUGAGUGAUGUGGAAGAUGUUAGUUUAGGAAGCAUGUGUACUAGAAGCAAAAGUGGAAGGAAAAAGCCCCUCCAUUUUGCAUGUGCCACAGCUAAGACGACAGUGAGCGAUUCCGACGCAGAUGUAAACUGUGAAGUGCCAAACGACCAGGAUGCCUGUGAAGGAGAGUCACCUGAAGUUGACUCAGAAGGUAGUACAAAGAGCAUCCAUCAGUCUUCAAAUGGAGACUCAGGUUCUGAAGGUAUGUCAGACUCAGAACAUAGGCACAGGCCUGUGAGGCAUACCAAUAAUCACAAAACAAAAGCUGCACCUUCUAGAACCAAGAAUUUGUUGAUUGGGUCUUCAGAGGAAGAUUCAAAAAGCCAUAUUCCAGGGGGUGAGAGUGGUAGAAAAUUGUCUUCCGAGUCAGCUUCGGAGCAGAAAGACACCGCAGAGACUAACUUUGAAGAGGAGCUGAACUACGGGCUGCGCAGGUGGAACGGCAGAAGACUUAGGACCUACGGGAAGGCUCCUUUCAGCAAGACGGAAGUGAUCCAGGACUCGCAGGAAGCAGCCAAGACAGACGUAAAAAGAAAGAGACUACAUCCUGAGUUGGGGAAUGUGAAAACUUCAGAAACAACAGGGAAUCCCGAGUGUGCGCCUGACACUAGCCCCAGGUCUGAUUCAGAGUUGGGGUCUGUAACUGAAUCGGAUGUAGACUGUGCCGAUGAGACAAAAACCAAAAAGAGGAAAAUGAGAGGAAAAGCAAAAGUAGUUAGAAAAGGUAAAAGUUUUACAGCUAACGUAUCUAAAACUGUGAGGCGACAAAGACAGAGCAAGCGCCCUAGGUUGAGUGUGGAUGAUAAUGACUGGGAGGAUUUGGACUAUGCAAAAUCUAAGCGAGUUCUUCGGCGUUCAAAAAUAAAAACGAGAAAUCAGGGUAGAAGGACCGUGAGAUACCACGAUGGGGAUGAUGACAGAAACUUAGAAAAUGUGUUAGAUUUUGAUGAUUGCACCUUAUGACCUUGAGGGAAGACCAGUUCAUUUAAACAGAAAAUGGACUGGAGUUUAUGGUGAAACCUGGCUGUUGAAAUUAUUUUUUUGUCCUAAAAUUCAGGGAAUAUAUUUAUAUUUUUCUAUGAAAAGUUAUGAAUGUGACUAAAUCAUGACUGUUAUUUUUAUUUGCACUUGCUUGCCUUUGUAGCAGCAUUCAGCACAGGUGCCAAAAUAUGCUUCAUUUUGGGGGCAGAUCUACUUAAACAGUAUGUGACUACAUACAUGUAGCAGGAGUUCGAGAUAUGUUAAACACUAGACAUCCUGGUUAUCAUAACCAAUGAGCAUUACUUUCAUGGUAGCAAGUGCCAUGCAGAUGUUUUCUGAAUUCGUGAAGAGGUGGUCGUUUCUAACCCAUGUCCCAUUGUAGUAGAACAAUUUCACAUGACCUGUGUUUACGGAUUUUUCAUGAAUAUUACGUGCAUACCGACAUUACAAUCAUGGGGGGUGUUGACCAUGAUUAGUAGUAGGGAAAGUAUCUACCACUUUUUUUUCUUUCCCAGGCUACUUUAGAAUGCAUUAUCCCAGAUUUGGUCAUUUUCAUUGAAAUGGUUUUCAGUUUUCUUUCCAAAUACUGUUGAGUCUCUUUAUUUUAAAGUAAAAUAUCAUUUUUAUUUUAUAAACUUGAAUUUAUAAAGUGCUGGUAAAUUAUUUUUAAUGUUUUGAUUGUAUAUUUCAAACCUCUAAGGCCAGACCUUCGUCCUAGCAUUUUCUUUUAAAUUGUGCACUAACAAAAUGCCAUGUCAUUUUCUUUCCAAGAUCUCCUGGUCUCUAUGUAAGGGAUUUAACCAAACUCUUGGUCUUCCAUAGUCUUACUCUGUGAAUUAGAGGAAUUUGUGUGCCUUAGAUUUAGGAGAAGUUUGUUCUUUAAUAGAGUGUACAGGACUAAAAGUGUUUAAAUUAUAUGUAGUUUCCCCCAUUUUUACUGAAAUCGUAGGGUUGAGUGAAGUGUGCAAUUACAGAUCUCAUCUAUCCAGGAAACCAGUUCAAUGUUACUCUCCAUCUCUUUGUUUUAGCUUUGCUGCCUUGUGCAAUCUCAAGCAUUCUUCGCUGGGCAACUAAGUGUAUCUUUAUUAGUGACCUCUAGUUACAAUCGAAGAAAGUCAUGUUUUGUGGGAAAAUAAUUUUGGAAUCCAUUUAAAGUGAAACUUUUAUCAUCAAAUACCAUAGUACACUUAUUUUUUUCGAGCCAAAUAAUUUACUUGAUAGGUUGUGCUACUCCAAACAGUGUAGGUAGCCAUUCCUAGCUUGUUGUGCCUGAAGAUGGACUUGAUUCAAAUGGUUUACAUGUUUUGUAGUGAAGGGGUAUGUUACAGUACUUCCACCUUUGCUGUUUAUUGGCCCUAACUACUUAGUUUCAGGCAAAGUUAACCUUUUUUUUCUCCUGUGUAUCCUUAAGAUGGCAGAUAUGGAAAAGCACCAGACUCGGGUAUUAGUGUUAGAAAAUGUUCUUAAGUGCUGUUACGUUGUUGUUACCUAUUCUGUUGGACAUGGUAGGAGAUAUUUUCUCUUCCUACGUUAAUGUAAGGGGAAGGGUAUUUUUGGACAUUACCAGCUGAGAUGGGUGGGAUACCUGCCUUUCCUUUGGUUGUUUAGAGAGCUGUCACCACUUUAGAACUAGGAUGUGCGGCUUCUCAAAGCUCAUGUUAAGUUUAUAGUAGACAGUUUGAUGCAGGGUAAUUGUCCUUGGUUUUUGACCUGAAAAAAUUAAUGGAAUGCUCUUUCCUUCCCGAAUUUUAAGAAGUGGUGACAGAUGUCAUAUCCAUUUAUUUAUUUAAACUCUUCUUUAAGUUUAAUAUCUCUUCUCAGGGUUUUAACUCCAUGUUUACCAUCAUUUGCAAAAAAAGGUACCAAAAAUCCAAAAAUAAAUAUGGAACACAUUCAUAAACACACAUUCUUUUUGUAAAAUGAUACUUUGACCAUUUAGCUUUCACCAAUAGAACUAUUCUUAUCUCUUUAGACUGAAUUAAUAACUUCGUUAAUGAUUGGCUAGGCAACUAAUUACCAAUUUUUCAUUUUGUCCAAAAUGGUUAGAGCCUUGUUUACAGAAAAAGUAUUCUGGUUUCAUCUGAAAAAAACAAAACAAAACAAGAAUUGACCUGGUGACUUUGAAGGCAUGAUUGACAAUGGUAGCUUCUCAAGUUCUGAAGUAAAACUAAGGGAUUACAGAGAGAAUAAUUUUUAUGGUGUUUUUUGGUCAUGGUGCUAUUCUUAAGUUUAACUUUGAAUAUGUGACACACACUCCUAAAUACCUUUAAGGAAAAUUAAUAAAUAAUGGUUCAAAAUGUUUACAUUGAGCACUAGAAGGCUUGACUUUUUUCUACUUGUCUUUAUGCGGUAGUGCACAAGGAUUUAACGCACAGGUGUACUUGACUGUGUUUGGGAUCGGUCUGAACGUGGACUGACCCAGGAGUGCUGAAGCUUUCCAUUGCACUUGAAGUAACCUAAUGGUAUAUGAUAAAGACUACUGUGGUUGUAUAUAUCCAAAGUCCUAUGCUUUUAUUCAUUUACGGUUUAAACAAAAAGGUUUGAGCUACUUAGAUUUGAUUUUUGAUUUCUUUGAAAGGCUAAUUUUACCAAGCGUAUUAAGAAAAAAAGUUUUCAUUUAGAAAGUAGGUGAGAUUUUAAAAGCAUUUUUCCAUAUCCUACUUAUUUAAAAAGGGUAUGCUGACAAUGUAUAGUAAUUUCUGAAUAAAAGGAAAGUUUAUCCCUAGAUUUCUAGGGUGGUCAUUCUCCCUUUUUUAUUUUAGGGUAAAAUCUCUGAUUAAAUCCUUUCUCAAUUUAAUAAUCCAUAGAAAAGAAUAAAGCAGCUACAGCUUCUAAGUUAGAAAACAAAAGUUUCUUUUAAAUAGUAGAGAGUUGUACCUGAAAAGGGAAUUAGUUUUUUAAUAAGUGGGAGGAAAGACCUUCUGUUUUAGGAAAAUGCACUUCAAAACCUAGAAAUGCAAAUGGGAAAAGGAGACACAAACCAAUAAAAAUACUGUCCGAGGGGUACUCCUGUCCAAAAACAACAACACACGUCACCAUUCUUCCCACUCCAUUGGUUGAUGACGUUGUAAGUAAAAACUCAAAUUUAG